AUGUAUCACUUAAUCUCAGGUUUAUGGAACGAAUGCGUAAAAAUUAAUGAAUAUAAUGUUUUGAUACUAGGCUUAGACAAUGCAGGAAAAUCAACAUUCUUAGAGUCAAUCAAAAAGAGAUUCAGUAAAGGAUAUAGAGGUGGUCAACGGGAUCUACAGCAUUUAUGGAAAAAGUAUUAUGAUGGAGUUCAUGGCAUAAUCUAUGUGAUUGACAGCAGCGACCGAGUAAGGAUCCAGGAAUCAAAAGAGCUAUUUGUGAACAUGCUCAAAAAUGAGAAAACAAACAGAAUUCCUUUAGUAAUCGUAGCAAAUAAACAAGACAUUGAAGAGUCAAUUAGAAUCAAGGAGAUUAUGAUGGAAUUUGAUGACUACAGUUUAGUUGGAUCUAGAGAUUGUCGUACAAUUGCUGUCUCAGGAUUAACGGGAGAUGGAAUUGACGAUGCAAUUAAAUGGCUGAGUGAAUCGGUCAAGCGACAUUCCGUAGUAAAACCUGCAAUGAAUAAAAAAUGA